AUGAAAACCCACAAAUACAACUCAAUCAUGACUCAUCUCCACCUAUUUCUCUCAUUUAUACUCCUCCUCCUCAUCUCCCCCACUGUGACCGCGGUCAACUCCAAAUCAUCUCCGACUGUCUGUAUUAUCGGCAGCGGAAUCUCCGGAUCCUCCGUAGCACACUUCCUCCGUACCUACUCCUCCCAAAUCAACACCAUCCGAAUCUUCGAACGAAACCACCUCAUCGGUGGCCGUAUGGCCACCGUAACUCUCUCCAACCAUACAUUCGAAGCUGGCGCAUCAAUUCUCCAUCCUAAAAACUACCACGCAUUGAAUUACACAAAAAAUUUAAACCUCACUAGUCACAAACCACCUUCAUCAGAAUCUGAUGACUCAUCUUUCGGUAUUUGGAACGGUCACGAUUUCGUUUUUAAAACCCUAAGUUCUCACUCAAAUCUACCUAUAUAUCAACGUGUUGUUUCCUUUACGAAUUCGGUCUUGAUUUUCCUUCGAUACGGAUUCUCUCUGUUUCGAAUGAAUAGUUUUGUUGAUGGAACUGUCAACAAUUUCUUAAAGUAUUAUGAAGGAUUUGAGUCGAGGCCCGUGUUUGAGACUGUUGAAGAAAUGCUUAAAUGGGCCGGGCUUUAUGAUUUGACUAAAAGGACGUUGGAAGAGGAGUUAAUCGAUGCUAAUUUAUCGCCGCGGCUUAUUGAUGAACUUGUUACGGUUAUUACCAGAAUUAAUUAUGGGCAAAGUGUUAAAAUCAGUGGACUUGCUGGUGCUGUUUCUUUAGCUGGAAGUUCACCAGGUUUAUGGUCAGUUGAAGGAGGGAAUCGGCGAAUGGCUGUUGAGUUAAUCAAGCAUUGUGAUGUCGAAUUGCAUCUUAAUGAAGAAGUGGAAUCAGUUUCUUUCAUAGAGCAAAACUAUCAACUUAAUACGACAAAGGGAAAGAGUUACGAAUGUGGUAUUACAGUGGUGGCUACACCUUUAGAUGAGCUAAAAAUUCAAUUUAUUCCAGGGAUUUCAAUACCUGAGAGGAAAUUACAGCACACUUAUACGACGUUCGUUAGAGGUGCAGUAAAUCCUGCUUAUUUUGGUUUAGGUUCGGUAUCAGAAGUUCCACAACUGGUGGGCACUGUGGAGACAGAUGAUGUUCCUUUUUCGAGCAUUUCUGUUCUUAAGCAGCAUGAGGAGAAUGAUAUGUCAUACAAGGUGUUUUCGCGUAAACCUCUUGAUGAUGCUUUAUUAGAUCAGAUUUUCAGUGUGAGAAAUGAGACGAUUAAGAUAGAUUGGGCUGCAUACCCGCAUUAUCAUGCUCCUGAGGUAUUUGCACCGUUUAUAUUGGAUGGUAAGCACUUGUACUAUGUGAAUGCUUUUGAGAAUGCAGCUAGCACCAUGGAAACAAGCGCUGUUGCUGCUGAAAAUAUUGCAAGGCUGAUUCUUUCCAGGCUUUCUGGCCAAAAGAGCUCGGGUUCAGUGAAUUUGAAAAGCUUUGGUGACGAUGCAUAUGAUGUGCAUGCAGACUUGUGAGUCGAAAGCAGUUGCAUUUUUGCCAUUCAUGUAGAAUAUGCCGGAGUUUUCAGGUUGUGAGUGUAUUUAUUUACCACUUGCUAAUACAUCCUAGUAAGUUCAGCUGUAACCCAGAUUCUACUUGUGGGAUUACAUUGGGUAUGUUUUGUAUGUUUGGCUGUGAAGUAUAUGGUACUUCCUUUGUCCCUAUGCCGCUAUGCGGAUAAAAAGCAAUAUACAGAUCCAAGUUUCUAUGACAAAAAAAUAGCCUCUCAUGUAUUGGAGUUAACUCAGUUUUCUUUUUGUUGAACUUCUUUUGUAACAUUUGCACUAAUAAAGCAAGCUAUUCAGCUUUGUUA